CAUUCGCUCGCGACUCGCCACUGCCACCCACUUCCGUUUGCUUUCUACUCGUCGUUCCCUCGGUGCGCGAAACUAUAUUGCAUGACCAUUAUUCCCGUUGUAGUAAGUCGCCUAUCACCCAUCGUCUACCCUCCCACGUCAGACGGAUCAAAUUGGCACUAUGAGUCUCUGAAACCUUUGUUGGGCAUCCGGAGUGCCUCUGCGCGAGCUUCUGUUGCGCUCGUGCUAAUGGCGCUUAUGUGCUCGGCCACUUCGUAUGUUGCUUGCUGACUACCCUUUCCUUCCUCAGUCGGAUAUUGGUCAAACGCGCCCAAAGCUUGAUUCCGCUGCCACUCAGUCAUGAAGGACAUCUCCAUAUCGUCUUACCGAAGCUCUCGAAAUGUGGCAUAUCCGAAGAGACGCCCAUCGCCCUAUGGUAUCUCAAAGUCCCACAAAACUCCCAUUCUCGGACCUCCACCUGCUUGUAGGCUGUCCACCUACUCUGCGAAGUCUACUUUCCUCCAGCAAAGACAACGCGAAGCGCAAAUUACCGCUCUGAGGCGUCAGGGAGUACUUUUAGAAGAGGAGUAUCGUGAGGACAUCCGUCUCUACAUGCACGAAAUGGAGAGAUACACCAUGUCAUCUUCUCAAUCUAUGGAUCAGCAACCUGAAAUCCGAUGGCACAUGCGUCCAUGUCUGGUCGAUUUCCUCGUGGAGAUUCACUUUGCGUUUCGCCUCCGACCGGAAACUUUAUACCUUACCCUGAACAUCGUGGAUCGCUACGUGUCGCGCCGCAUUGUGUAUAUCAAACACUACCAGCUUGUCGGCUGCGCCGCCCUUUGGAUCGCUGCCAAGUUUGAAGAUGCGAAGGAACGCGUUCCCACAGUCCAGGAAUUAGCACAGAUUUGUCGUGAAACAUACGAUGAGUCUGCCUUCAUCCAAAUGGAAGGGCAUGUGCUUGCAACCAUACAGUGGACACUCGGCCAUCCAACCGCAGAAGCAUGGCUUAGAUUGAUGUGCUGCGACCCUUUCAUUGAAGAAGAAAAAGUGCAACACGUUGCCCGCUUUCUGAUGGAGAUAACGCUGUUUUACCGCGAAUUCGUCAAGUACACGCCAUCAUCGAUCGCGCUUGGUGCCCUUACCCUCGCCCGUUUCCUAUGUGGCAAACCUCGUCGUAUGUUUGAGGAGACGAACGAAUGCAGGGAGAUUGUAGAACUGCUCGAUAAUCGGCUAGCCAAACGUGUCAAUGACCUCUCGGAGACUUUGGUGAAGAAAUACUCAUAUGCAUUCUAUUCCAAGGCGGCAACGUUCGUUCUCCAGUUUUAUCUCCAAGGCGGGCGUUUCUCGUGGCACCACUUGGUGCCAUUCCCCGUUACUCCGACGCGUUCUUCUGUUUCUGGUACAAGCACGCCGAUAUCUGAUACCUCCGACGAAUUCCCCCUCACACCAACGAGCCCUGUCUUGUUUUCGUCAGACCCGUUCUCGAGUCCCCUUUCAUCUGACGACGAUAAGGAGAAUUUGCCCUCUGCGUUUGAACCCGUCCUCAACAAACAACGUAUGGAGGUCCCACCCGAUCACUACCUUCCUCACGAAUAUCUCACGCUCAGUCGACCCGCCCUGCAUAAUUUGAACGGUUCUCCUCGGGUGACUACUGUAUCGUAAGGGCUCUACAUCUCCGACCCAUCAAGAAGCUCUUCAUUCUCAAAAUGUAAUACCACCAUACACUGCCCAGUUCAUCUGCGCACUUGUCUUUGCAACUCAAUCAUCCAUGCAUUACCCUUGCAAUCGUCUCUUUCUUGUUAUAAUUCCCACCACCGUUAGC